AUGAUUAUUACUGGUGAUGACCAUGGUGGUAUUGAUUCUUUGAAGCAUGAUCUAUCUUAUCGAUUUGUUAUGAAGGAUUUGGGCUUGUUGUGUUAUUUCUUGGGGGCGGGCCUCUCUGACAAUCGGACCGUUGAUACUCCUCGUGAAACCAAUGCACGAUACUCUCCUACUAAUGGUGUUCCUUUGUCCGAUCCGAAUCUUUAUCGUACUGUUGUGGAAAGUUUGGUUUAUCUCACAGUUACUCGUCCAAAUAUUGCUCAUGUUGUUCAUGUUGUCAGUCAGUUUGUUACUGUUCCUACCUUUGCUCAUUGGGGAGAUGUACUCCGUAUUUUGAGAUAUCUAUGUGGCACUCAAUUUCAGACCCUCGUGUUUCCCUCGACGUCUUCUCUUGAGUUACGUGUCUAUAGUGAUGCUUAUUGGGAUAGCGAUUGUCAUGAUCAUAAAUCCACCACCGGAUUUUGCGUAUUUCUUGGAGAGUCUCUCAUUUCAUGGAAGACCAAGAAACAUGACGUUGUCUCUAGAUCUUCCACGGAGGCUGAACAUCGUGUUAUGGUUGUAACUACAUGUGAGUUUAUCUGGCUACUGUAUCUACUUGCGGAUAUGUGA